AUGGUUGUUCGGACCCUAGAUGCUAAACGAGAUCCUUUCUAUCUUAAAGAGGAUGAGGAUAAGAUUUUGGAGGCUAAAGUUCCAUACCUAAAUGACAUUAGUGCUUCAUUGUACUUGGCUCAAUGCACUAAAUCCGACAUCUCUUUCACUGUAAAUCUGUUGGCAAGAUACAGUAAUGCACCUACACGUAGACACUGGAAUGGUAUUAAAGACAUUUUCCACUGCCUCAAGGGUAUGAUGGAUUUGGGCUUAUUCUACACCCAUGAAUCCUCGAGGGGAGCCGCCACCCCUUUUGGUCCUCAGGUUCAUUCUCGCCUUAUUGGUUAUGCUGAUGCAGGUUAUCUGUCUGACUCACAUAGGGCACUUUCUCAAAGGGGUUAUGUCUUUACCGUUGAAGACACCACAAUUUCUUGGAGGUCUACCAAACAAUCAUUGGUUGCGACUUCUUCAAACCAUGCUGAGAUUUUUACCUUGCAUGAAGCCUAA